AUGGGGGCCUCUCAAAGGUGUAGGUCAUCCACAAAACCUCCUUCCUGUAGAACAGUGUGGCUCCUGUCGAUGAUUAUGACGACAUAUGCUUGCCCUAAGACCUGUCACUGCACGGACAGGAACGGCAUGGUGGUGCAGUGCACAUCGCGCAACUUGGAGAACAUCCCGUCAAACUUGCCCAAGGACACUGUCGUUCUCUUGCUUUCGUCAAACCGGAUCAGACACAUCCCAAAGGAGGUGUUCACAGACCUCCACCGCCUCAGGGAGUUGGACUUAUCGCAUAACGCUAUAGAGAGUGUGGAGGCUGGUGCCUUCCAAGGGAUUUCAGAAGGUCUGCGGACCUUGGAUCUUUCAAACAACCACCUGAGCAGCCUCCCUAAGGACACAUUCACCAAGCUCUAUGCCCGCAUCCGCCUCUCCCACAACCCCUGGCACUGCGAGUGCUCUUUGCAGGAGGUGCUGAGGGAGCUGAGGCUGGACCCCGAGACGGUGAACGAGGUCAGCUGCUACACGUCGGUGCAAGAGGAGUACGUGGGUCAACCGGUGAUCCAGGUCCUGGACUCGGGGAUCAACUUUUGCAACUUCCAUCACAAGACGACAGACGUGGCCAUGUUUGUGGCCAUGUUCUGCUGGUUCUCCAUGGUGACGGCUUACAUCAUUUACUACAUCAAACACAACCAGGAGGAUGCCAGGAGGCACAUGGAGUACCUCAAGUCCCUGCCCAGCACCUCCCACAUCAGCAAGGACUACGACACAGCCAGCAGUGUGUUCUAG